AUGGCGGCCUUGGCUCUGGUCUCUGGCCCGGGACCCAUCCGUAUCGUGCCAGUAGGCGUUGCCAACGUUCAGAGGCUACCCGGGAGCGAUUAUGGCAUUCUUGGACUGGAUGAAGACGCCCCCCUUUCGACGAGAUUGCCCUACGAGAUUAUGCAACAGAUCUAUCUUUAUCUUGAUCCAGAAGACUUCAACGCCGCUCGCUUUACAUCCCGCUCUUGGUUCCGUGCUGGCCUCUGCCCCUCGCUUCUCGUCGAGAUGCUCAAGAGAGGAGGAUGGUGGAGCAGCCUGCAACAGAUUUCGGAACCCCUGAGGAUAACACGACCAUGCAACAUAUUUGAUCAGGAGAGAUUAAUGAGCAAAUGGAUCUCAAGGGAGUGUGAUCUGGCCAGUAUGAAAGGGAGCGCGUUCAAACAGGUUGGGUUUACCGACUUCAGUGGCCUUGUUCCAGGUUCCACCACUGCCAGACUGCAUGGGACCCUCGUCUUCACUAUGAGCCUCUGCGGCCGGUUUCUGAUGGUGACGCACGGACGAACUCUAUAUGUCUAUGAGCUGAACCAUGUCUGCUUCAGCAGGCGACUAAGCUAG